CCUGGCUCCGGACCCGAAUGAUCUGCUUCAGGAGGGUGGCAUCAAGAUCUUUCGGCAGAUGUCAGUGCAUGACAGCAUCACGUGUGGCACCCUCAGUCGGAUAUGGGAAAGGCACCAUGGGCGCAGUGCGUAGCUCGACGCCGAAGCUCCGCAAAUGCCACUGCUGAGCAACCUGUCUGAACCCGCACGAUUAAAUCCAGAUGUGCCCACGGCCUGCGGGCCGCAGAGCUUGGAGGUCUCAGAGGAGCUGCUCAGCUUUGCGGACAGACUCUCGAACGAGUACCGUGGGCCUGUCUUGCAGCUUAAUCUGCUGUGCGUCAAGGAGAGAAAUGAUGCCAUGAAGUCACAUCUCAAUUACGGCCAGGCUUCUCCGACGGGGCUAGCAAACGCGGCGGUGACCCCAAGCUGGUCGGCAACGUUCUCUCGCCAUCGGAGAUUGAGGAAUCUCGCCGGCCCAAAGAUCUACCUAACGAGCUGUGGUGGAACGAGAUCGGCCUGUAUGCACUAUCUUCGAUCCAGCAUUUUGCAGACAUGGCCGCGGAUCCAGAAUAUCGGUUCUACCAUCGCACCUACCGAAUGCCGGGCUUGUGUGUCAUGGCGUUGAUCUGUACGACCGAGAUCGACCUGGCGCCGUACAAGGGAUGACUUGCGAGGCUCUAAUGAUGUAUUUUUACAUGUGCUACUGUU